ACUGACAAGUGGAAGUGGUUUCAUUAGGACCUGUGAAGUAAAUUAACCUUGCUGGUUUUCACUUGGAAAGGAGAACAACAAUCAAAAACUAGCUUAGCAUAUUUAGCAUACCAAGAAGAUGUCAACCCUGAAAAUUACUUCGAUGCUUUCCAAAUUCCUUACUGCCAGAGGGAAAACGACAAGCAUUGGGAGGCCGAGCCAUCGUGUUUUUGUCACUGCCACUUCUAGACCACUGCAAGACAAAAAGGAUAAACAGACAGCAGAGGCAUGUCAGAGUGUAACAGAGGCAGCAGAAUCAGUUAAAGAUGGUGCAAGAUCAGUGAAGAAAGCUGCUGAAACUGUGACAAAUAUGAGUAAGGAGGUGACAAAAAAAGUAUCUGACACUGCAGAAGCCAUCACAGACAAGGCUGCUUCAAUUAUCAAGGAAAAAGUAGUUGGCAAGUAGAUUGAUGCUUGCUGUCAUGAUCAAGAACACAAAGAGACUAAUAUUUUCAUUUCUAUUAGUUUCUUAAUUCCUUCAACUUUUUGUAACUUGCCUUUUCUCAAGUUGAUAAAUGUUCGAUUUUCUCUGUUU